UGCUGUUAAAAGCAGAGGGUGAAAAGUUUCACAUCAUUGUGGCCUCUGCAGGAGGAGGAAGGAAGAGGACUAGGUGAACCGCUGCAGCUGCUAGCCACUCUGGAAAUAGAAAGCAUAAACAUGGACGAGGAUUUGGAUAAGGGAUUCAAGAAGCACUGUAUCCAAGGGAAACAUGUGGCCAUGAUCGUAGGAGCGGUUGUUGUGGUAGGAUUAGCUGUAGGGCUCGGGGUAGGUCUCACAUAUCCAGAGCCAUGUAAAAAUACCAAUGGAUGUGAUGACACAACAAAGCCUUCUACACCUUCCUCCACCCCUAGCUCAACCUCUCCUACCUCUUCUACCACCACUUCUACCACUGCUCCUUCGACUUCUAAGACUUGUCCAGUUAAGGAUGACAGCAGUGGGGACUGGAAGAACUUCCGACUUCCAUCACACAUCCGACCUUUGCAUUAUGACCUGGAAAUCAAGCCAGAGAUGGACAAAGACACCUACACUGGCACAGUGACCAUUUGGCUGAAGUUGACCCGCAAAGACAAGAAUCUAUGGCUGCACAUCAGGGAAAACGAGAUCUCAGGGCAGCCCAAGCUGAGGGAUCACAGUGGGCAAGAGAUACAACUCAGUCAAUGCUUUGAGUAUAGACCACAGGAGUAUCUUGUGAUGGAGUUCGCACAAGAGUUGCAGCCCAAUGCCGAUGAUGACAAACUGGAGGACACCUACCUUCUGACCCUGCAGUUUUCUGGUCAACUCAAUGGUUCUCUGGUGGGGUUCUACAGGACCACAUACCAGGAAAAUGGCGUGACCAAGAGUAUUGCAGCUACAGAUCAUGAGCCAACAGAUGCACGAAAAUCGUUCCCAUGCUUUGAUGAACCCAACAAAAAGGCAACUUAUAAAAUAACCAUUAUUCACCCCGCUGACUACGAUGCAAUCUCAAACAUGCCAAGAGAGACUUUAACUGACAUUGGAGAUGGGUGGAAAAAAAGUGUGUUCGUGAAGUCAGUCCCUAUGAGUACAUAUUUGGUUGCCUUUGCUGUCCACCAGUUUACAUAUGAGGAACGAAUUUCAAAAAGAGGAAUCCCUCUGAGAAUCUAUGUGCAGCCAAAUCAAAAACAAACAGCGGUAUAUGCUGCAGAAACUACAAAAAUUGUAUUUGACUUCUUUGAAGAGUACUUUAAUAUGAACUAUUCUCUACCCAAACUGGACCAAAUAGCAAUUCCAGAUUUUGGAACUGGAGCUAUGGAAAACUGGGGAUUGAUCACUUACAGAGAGACUAACCUGCUUUAUGACCCCAAUGAAUCAGCAACAGUCAAUAAACAGCGAGUGGCAGCUGUAAUAGCUCAUGAGCUAGUACAUCAGUGGUUUGGAAACAUAGUCACAAUGGACUGGUGGGACGACCUGUGGCUUAAUGAAGGCUUUGCCAGCUUCUUUGAAUAUUCAGGAGUGAAUUCCGCUGAGCCCACAUGGAACAUGCUUGACCAGAUUAUAAUUGAUGACCUGCUCCCUGUAAUGAGAGAUGAUGCACUCCUGUCCUCCCAUCCAAUUAUUGUCACUGUCUCGACCCCUGCAGAGAUCACAUCUGUCUUUGAUGCCAUUUCAUACAACAAGGGUGCGUCCAUUUUGAGAAUGCUUGAAGGCUGGAUUACUCCACAAAAGUUCCAAUUAGGAUGCCAGAAAUACCUUGAAAGAUACCAUUUUGAUAAUGCGAAAACAGAUGACUUCUGGAAUUCUCUGGCAGAGGCAAGCGGUGAGCCAGUAAAAGAAGUAAUGGAUACCUGGACUAGACAGAUGGGUUAUCCCGUGCUUAAUGUUUCAUCAGGAAAUACUGUUACACAGGAAAGGUUUCUUUUGGAUUAUGAAGCAAAUCCAUUAAACCCCCCUACAAGUUUCAAUUACAGGUGGAAUAUCCCAGUGACAUUUUAUUCAACCUCCAAUAAAGAUGAGAAGAAUAUUUCAAUGUACAAUAUAGCAGAUGCGUCCAUAACUUUAAACCCAUAUAACAGCAGUGGUGCACAGUUCUUCAAAAUCAACGAUAAACACUUUGGAUUUUUUCGAGUAAAUUAUGAAACUCAAACUUGGCAGGAUUUAGCUGCACUGUUAGUGAGAAACCAUUUGGAAUUAAGUGCUGGAGACCGAGCUGGAUUAAUUGAUGAUGUCUUUGCAUUAGCAAGUUCUGAAAGGCUAGACUAUAACAUCUCACUCUACUUGACCAAAUAUCUUCAGCAAGAAGAAGAUUAUCUGCCUUGGCAAAGAAUGAAUUCUGCCCUUUCCUACCUAAAUGACAUGCUGGAAAAUGACGCUACCAUCUACCCAAAAUUUCAGGAUUAUUGGCGCAAACAAGUAAAACCAAUCACAGACAGACUUGGUUGGAAUGAUACUGGCACUGAUAUAGACAAGCUCCUUCGACCUCUAGUUCUGGCACUUGCAUGCAAGAUGGAAGAUCCUGAUGCGCUGAACAGUGCAUCCCUACAUUUUAAUGAUUGGAAAAGGGGAGAAAGCAUUGCAGUAAAUCUCAGGCAGUUGGUAUACCGCUAUGGGAUGAAGCAGGCUAAUGAUGAAAAGUCCUGGGAUUUCAUGUUUCAGAAAUACCUUGAAACGCCAUUGGCUCAAGAAAAGGAAAAGCUGCUUCAAGGACUAGCAGCAGCAAACAGCAUUCCAAUUCUGGAUAAAUACCUGAAGUACAUUUAUAAUACCAGUCUUAUUAAAAGCCAAGAUGCACUGAAUGUGAUAUAUUACAUAGCUGUAUAUAGUAAGCUUGGAAAACAAAUGGCAUGGGACUGGGUACGGAUCAACUGGGACUAUUUGGUCAACAGAUAUACAAUCAAUGAUCGAAACCUUGGUCGUAUAGUUACAAGAAUCACAGGUACAUUCAAUACAGAGGAUCAGCUGUGGCAAAUGAAUAAUUUCUUUGAAAGAUACCCAAAUGCUGGGGCUGGAGCGACCCCUAGGCAGCAAGCACUGGAAACCGUCACAACUAACAUUAAGUGGGUCAAAAAUAACAAAGAUGGCAUCAAAUCCUGGUUGGAUGACAAUGUUGUUCCUUAAGAACAUAGUUAUUAGCAAUGUAUCAAGAUCACUAAUGUUUCUAAAUUUGCCAGCAAUGUAUAUUUUAAAAUAAAAGAGGGGUAUAAUGUACAUAUCAAAUAUUAUAGAAGGGAAACAUGAGGAAAUAUAUCCGAGGUCCAUUUUGUCUUGAAGAAGAGAAUGUCUCAGAAAAAGUGGAGAGGGUGUCCUGCUUAUAUUUGUAUUUAUUAUGUGUAUAAAAUGUACACACAAUGGGGUUGCUAAAUGCACGUAGGCUGUUUAUUUUGCAAGGUAAGGUGGACUGUGCAAGGAAAUUUUCCUUCAGAGCUUAGUGAAUGUGGUGACAUUUUACUUUGCAAAGAAUGUGCACGGAAAAUAAAAAACAGCAUUUUUGCUUGCACAUAAUUGGAUGAUGGAAGUCUCCCCUUAUUCACUAAGCUUUAGGGAUAAUUGCAAAGUGAACAUGUUAUUUGUCUUAAGUAUAUCAAUCCUAAUUUUUUUUUAAUCUACUUAA